AUGCGCCACGCGACGCUCCUCGCGUUAGCGGUCGCCGCGGAAGCGACACUCAACGUAACCCUCACGAACAAUUUAGUCGGCGUGACCACGGUGCGCGUGAAUGGCGCCGGCCUCCGCGUCGAGGCGACCCUGACCGCGGACGCCACUCUAUUUCACGCCCGCUACCGUGAGGUCCACAUCGCGGACGGCAGAACAACCAUCACGCGGCGAACCCCGCGCCCGCACCACGCCGGGACCGCUUCUGGUGAAGCGGACGGCGAAUUUUUUGCGGACGGCCGCGCGACCGCGACCAUAGAACAAGGCCGCGUGAAAUCGUUAGUGGUACGAUUACCAGGAAAGCAUGUUGAAAUUCACGAAGAAGAUGGCACCUACGAACGCGUGCACGCUCCCUCCAAUGAUUACGUCUGGGCCGAACCGAAGACCUUUUCGGCCUGGCCUGGACGGGGGGCAUGUGCGACGCCCUUGGGAGGUCUUCGGCCGUAGAACAGUCGGCCUUCUCCUCAAAAGCCUUUGUUGGGACCAUCGUGGCCCACGAGCUCGGCCAUAACUUAGGGAUGCCCCACGACGCCGGAGGGAAAUAUUUGAUGGCUCCCAGGAGUUGGAAAGGGCUCGAGUGGCCUCUCUGAACGAGGCGCAGCGCCAGGCGACGGGCACGUCGUUCUCGCGGCGCGAGAUCCAGGAGCUCGAGGCGGCUAGAAGGGCGUCCCUGGCCGCGGACGCCGACCGCCAGCGGCGCUACGCGCAACGGCGCGAGGCCGCGCGCCGCCGGGAAAGGGAUGACACGGCGGCCGCGCUGGCGCUGUCACGCGUCACGUCCGGCCAGUCGACGUCGCGGUCGGUGCGCCGCCCGCCCCCCUACUCCGCCGCCGCGCCGCCGCCGCCGCCGCCGCCGCCGCCGAACCCGUUCCGGGCGACGCCAUCAUCAUCACGCGGGGAGUCGUCGUAUGCCCGGCGCGAGCGGUUGUCGCGGCAGAUGGACUUGUAG